AUGAUUCUUCAUAGAGCCAGAAACAGGCUUAUAAGUACCGCGCUACUAGGUGCAAAGCCUGUGAGAUACUUCAGUGUUAGUCUUGAGAAGGUUACCUUGCUAUCAGACAACUUAACACCAUCACAAAUUCAAAAUAAAUCGCUGCAAGACUCAUCAGAUAUUGGAAAAGAAGUAUCCAAAUAUUCAAAGCAGCAGGAGCUUUCAUUGCCCCAGGAGAUGCUUGAUAAUUCUCUUCAACAAAUCGAUAAAAAGCUUGCAUUCUACAGUGCUAUCAAAAAGACGUAUAACAAAGAUCAAUAUCAAAAAUUAAAAGCUUGGUUGAAUUGGCUUCAUAAUCGCCAAACAGUUUUUAUUGCCAUAGACUUGGAAGCUUUUGAACAUGGGAAUGAUAUUCCACUUGAAGUUGGUAUAUCCAUUCUUGAUUUCAAUAAGCAGAAAAACGCUAUCAUUCCUGACUUUUUAAAUUUGCAUUUCAUCGUUAAAGAGUAUGAAAACAAGACAAAUGGUAGAUUUGUGCCAAACAACAAAAAUAGACACAUUAAUGGGGCUUCAUAUAUAGUACCUAAACAUUCGAUCCCCAAGCUUUUGAAUGAAAUAUUCCAUCGUUAUGGGGACCCACUGGCUACAUCAAAGACUUAUGAUUUUGAUAAUCCUCCACCUUUCGCUAUUGUGGGCCAAUCGUUUUAUUCUGAUGAAUUGUUUCUAUCUCAAUUUUUUGGGUAUACAAUUCCAUCCAAUAUUCCAGUUAUUGAUAUUGGAAAAAUCUGGAAAAUGACAUUUGAAACCCUGAUAAUGAAAAAAUCUAACUUGACUUACAUGUUAAAGAAAUUGAAUAUUCCUGGUCUUUACUUGCAUAAUGGUGCCAAUGAUAGUUAUUAUACGUUAUUGAUUUUGCUCAAGUUGUUGAACCCGGAGGCUAGAUUGAAUUUUUACUGCAAGAACUAUGAUUUGAUUUACGAUUUUGAGGAAUGGAAAAGAUUAAAUCUGAAUUUGGGCUCAACCACAGAGCAGAUUCAAAAGGCAGCUGCAACAAAUGGCAAACAUGAUUUUGUGCAGGAAGUAGAAAAUGUAACUUUCAAGAACGGUAAAUACAAGUUCACCAUUGAUGAUGACCUUAUCGAACAUUUUUACUCACCAGCAAAGAAGCAGAAGAAGAAGUGGAAUCCUCUGAAUAACUGUUUUAUCGGUAGUAUUGAACUCUCUGAGGAACAGGUAUUAGACAGGCUUUCCGAGUUUUGGAAAAAAACUUGA